CCCACGGCCACGGCGCCCCGGGAACGACGGCACAGGCCGUGACCCCCGAGGAGCCCAUCGUCUCCAUCGACGAAGUCAUCUUUCCGCUGACCAUCUCUCUGGACAGGCUGCCGCCCAGCACCCUCAAGGCCAAAAUAGUGGCCACCGUCUGGAGGCGCGACCAGGAGAGAGGCGAGGUCCGGGAACGCGGCUACCUCAGCAUCCUGCAGGAUCGGGCCCCUUCCCAGAUCUUCCGAGAAGAGCAGGGCGCCUUCAAGGCGCAAGUGAGCACCAUGCUGACUGUGCUGCCUCCCCCGGAGCUGAAGUGCCAGCAACUCAACGUGUCUGGGAAGCACUUGACGGUUCUCAAAGUUCUGAAUGCUGCCUCCCAGGACGAGCUCUCGGUGUGGGACGUGCGGAUCCUGCCCAACCUGAAUGCCAGUUACCUUCCCAUGAUGCCCGACGGCUCCGUCUUGCUAGUGGAUGAUAUCUGCCACCAAUCUGGCGAAGUCUCCAUGGCCUCCUUUUGCCAGGUGCCCUCGACCACUUCCGCCUGGCCCUGCUCCCUCCGGGCACUGGAGGAGCAAAAUUUCCUUUUCCAACUGCAGGCGCCAGAGCAGCCCCCCGACAGCACCAAAGAGGGCCUGGAGGUCCCCCUCAUUGCGGUGCUGCAGUGGUCGACCCCCAAACUCCCGUUCACAAGCAGCAUCUACACGCACUACAGGCUGCCCAGCAUCCGCCUUGCCCGUCCCAGGUUUGUGAUGACUGCAGAAUGCGAGUCGCCAGUUGCCUUGCAUCGGCGCUUCGUAGUUACGUACACACUCAUCAACAACUUGCAGGACUUUCUGGCAGUGCGCCUGGUGUGGACGCCAGAAAGUGCUGCCGCAGGGAAGAAGCAGAAUACCUGUGACGAAUGCCGUGCCACACCAGACCCUCAAGACUCUAUUGUGUGCCACACCCCUCUCAAUAACCUGGGAUUCUCCCGCAAGGGCAGCGCCCGGACCUUCUGCGUCACGUUUCAGGCUCUGCGUGCCGGCUUGUUUGAGCUGUCCCAGCACAUGAAGCUGAAGCUCCAGUUCACAGCCAGCGUGUCCAACCCCCCUCCGGAGGCCCGGCCGGUCUCCCGCAAGAGCAGCCCUGGGAGCCCAGCAGUGCGGGAGCUGGUGGGGCGUCAUCAAGCCAGCCUCGGGCGCUCCCAGAGCUUCUCCCACCAGCAGCCGGCACGGGGACACCUCCUGAGGUCAGGAAGCGUCAUGGAGCGACGGGCCAUAACCCCCCCUGUGGGCUCCCCGGUGGGCCGCCCUCUUUAUUUGCCCCCCGACAAGGCUGCUCUUUCCCUGGACAAAAUUGCCAAACGAGAGUGCAAGGUGCUGGUGCUAGCGCCUGUCACAUGACAGAGGGGGGGGGGUCCCCAGAAAGGCCUUCAGCCUCCCCUCAGAACCAAUGCGCACAGCAUGCGCCAGUCUCGCAUCUGCUCCAGACACCUGAACUCCAGAGAUCCACC